UUUCAUAUAACAUUACUGAUGACUGUGAAGAAGUGAUACUGAACAUAGGAUGCUUGUGUUGUUUUAUUUCUCUGCCUAAACCUUUGCAAUAGCUUCCUUUUAUUCUUAGAGUAAAAUCCAGCCACCUAUUAUUUGGCCCCUGCUUACCUUUCUAGCCUUCUCUUCCCACUUAUUCUUGAGACACUAAGCUUUGGGUACGCUGUCCUUCCUUCAUUAUCUACAAUAGCUAUGCUUUGCUAUCCCAGGGCCUUUGCAUAUCAGCUUCUUAUAUUGUCAUCUUCCCAUCUAGUUUUAGCCUGGCAAAUGCCUUCUCAUCCUUCACAUUUCAGAUGAAAUAGCACAUCUGUGGGAAACUUUCUCAAUGCCCCCCUUCAUUAAGUUAGGUCCCCCUAUUGUAUACUUUCCAUGUGCAUUUCCUAUAUAGCACUUUCCACAUUGUUUAAGUAUCUGCUUAAAGUCAUUCACCCCUUUAGAUGGCAAACUAUAUAAGAUAUAUAAACAUGAUCCUGUCUUACUACCACUGUACACUUAACUUCUACAAACUCAAUAAAAAUCUAUUUCCAUAGAUGAAAUGCUGCGAUGCAGAAUAAAGAGUUAAUCCAGAUGAAACCAGUAAUUGUAAAAUAACUGAAAUAGAAAGGGGAGAGAGCUCUGUGUUCCUUGAAUGAGUGUGAAAAUGUUGAAGGAAUUAGGCAUUUGUGGCCCCGGAUAUAUCCCCCAACAUGAUCUGUUAUAAUUUUUUUAUCACCUUGCUUGAGGUAGUCUUUUCAUAGCAUUUUUUCUGACUAUAAAUUUAACUCGUGCACAUUUUACAAAACUUGGAAAGUAAAGAAAAAUACUAGUGAGGCAAAACAUCAUCAUUUAGAGAAAAACCUUGUAAAAAUUUUUGUGUAAUAAUUACAAGAGGCUGGGUGAGUAGCCCUAGCAAGUGUCCACAUUCACAUAAUCAUGGAAAUGGGACUCUACCAAGAAGUCACUUCUUUUAAAUAAGAGUGCAGUUCAUCUCCCUAGGUAGUUUAUUUAAUACAUAUAACACACACAAAAAAGUCCUACAGUAGUGUCAACUAGGUUUGAUAAAAGGAAUAAGCAAUUUUAAAAAUCAAAACAAAACAAAAAACGUCCGGAAGAAUACAUCACCUCUCCAAGACUGACACGGCAAGCGAACGCAUGGUGGCGCUGUUGACUAGAAAGAGAAUUAAACCGAAUGCACUGUGUAUAUUCUAACGCAUCGAUCCAGUGCAGUAAACUAGGGGGUGGGAGCCGGGGCAGAUUUGUAAGCAUGCCAAUCUGAGACUCUGGAAAGGAAUUUUCGCUAGGUCUUCUUCCAAGGUUGGGAAGCAAAAGACUGCGUUUCCUGGUGCUAUUGGAGGCUAGCUUGGCAAUACUUGUGGAAAGAACAUGGCAGAAAAUGCAAUGGAGGCCGGAGGAGAGCGCUUUCUCAGACAAAGGCAAGUCCUGUUUCUCUUUGUUUUUCUGGGUGGGUCUCUGGCUGGGUCCCAGUCGAGGCGCUACUCUGUGGCUGAGGAAGAGAGGGGCUUUUUAAUCGCCAAUCUAGCAAAGGAUCUGGGGUUGAGUGUGGGGGAACUGGCCGCGAGGGGAGCCCAAGUUGUGUCUAAAGGGAACAGACAGCUUUUUCAGCUCAACCAUCAGACCGGUGAUUUGCUCCUGCACGAGAAAUUGGACCGAGAGGAGCUAUGCGGCCCCGCAGAGCCAUGCGUACUGCACUUUCAGAUAUUACUGCAGAACCCUUUGCAGUUUAUUACAAAUGAGCUCCAGGUGACAGACAUAAAUGACCAUUCUCCGGCAUUCUAUGAAAACGAAAUGCAGCUGAAAAUCCUAGAAAGCACUCCACCAGGAACAAUAAUUCCUUUGGGAAAUGCUGAGGAUUUGGAUGUGGGAAGAAACAGUCUCCAAAACUACACGAUCACUCCUAAUUCCCAUUUCCACGUUCUUACGCGUAGCCGUAGGGAUGGAAAGAAGUACCCAGAACUAGUGCUGGACAAGGCGCUGGAUCGUGAGGAACAGUCAGAGCUCAGUUUAAAGCUCACUGCGCUGGAUGGCGGGACUCCACCCAGGUCAGGGACCGUCCAGAUCCACAUCCUGGUCUUAGACAUAAACGACAACGCCCCAGAAUUUACACAGUCGCUCUAUGAAGUUCAAGUGCUAGAGGACAGCGCCAUUAACUCUGUUAUUGUCACUGUUUCAGCUUCUGAUUUAGAUACAGGAAAUUUUGGGACAAUAUCAUACGCAUUUUUUCAUGUUUCUGACGAAAUUAGAAAAACUUUUCAAAUAAAUCCAAUUACUGGCGAUAUCCAACUAAUAAAAUAUUUGAACUUUGAGGCGAUUAAUACUUAUGAAGUUGACAUAGAAGCCAAGGAUGGUGGAGGUCUUUCAGGAAAAUCAACCGUGAUAGUUGAGGUGAUUGAUGUGAACGACAACGCCCCCGAACUGACUUUGUCCUCAAUUAUCAGCCCAAUCCCAGAGAACUCUCCAGAGACUGUGGUGGCCGUUUUCAGUGUUUCCGACCUAGAUUCUGGAGACAAUGGGAGAGUGGUGUGUUCCAUCGGGACCGAUCUCCCCUUCCUACUGAAACCCUCGGCAGAGAAUUUUUACACUCUUGUGUCAGAAAGCGGGCUGGACAGAGAAAGUCAAGCCGAGUACAACAUCACUAUCACCGUCACCGACCUGGGGACCCCCCGGCGGCACACCCAGCACAACCUGACCGUGCGCGUGGCCGACGUCAACGACAACGCGCCCGCCUUCAGCCAGCCCGCCUACACCCUGCGCGUCCGCGAGAACAACAGCCCCGCCCUGCACAUCGGCACCGUCCGCGCCACCGACGCCGACGCGGGCGCCAACGCCCAGCUCACCUACUCGCUGCUGCCGCCCUCCGACCCGCACCUGCCCCUCGCCUCGCUCGUGGCCAUCAACCCCGACACCGGCCAGCUCUUCGCCCUGCGCGCCCUCGACUACGAGGCCCUGCGCGCCUUCGACUUCCAGGUGCGCGCCGCCGACCGCGGCGCGCCCGCGCUCAGCAGCCAGGCGCGGGUGCGCGUGCUCGUGGCCGACGCCAACGACCACGCGCCCGUCGUGCUCUACCCGCCGCAGAACGCCUCGGCGCCCUGCCCCGAGCUGCUGCCCCGGGCGGCCGAGCCGGGCUACCUGCUGGCCAAGGUGGUGGCGGUGGACGGCGACGCGGGCCAGAACGCCUGGCUGUCCUACCGCCUGCUGCAGGCCACCGAGCCCGGGCUCUUCGGCGUGGGCGCGCACAGCGGCGAGGUGCGCACGGCCCGCCCGCUGAGCGAGCGCGACGCGCCCCGGCAGCGGCUGCUGCUGCUGGUGCGGGACCACGGCGAGCCGCCGCUCUCGGCCAGCGUCGCGCUGCACGUGCUGCUGGUGGACGGCUUCUCGCAGCCCUACCUGCCGCCGCCCGAGGCCCCCGGCCGCGCGCCGGGCGCCGGCGCGGACGAGCCGCUCACCGUCUCGCUGGUGGGGGCGCUGGCGUGCGUGUCGGCGCUGCUGGUGGGGGCGCUGCUGGCCUUGGGGGCGGGGUGGCUGUGCCGGCGGGGCGGGGCGGCCUCGGCGGGGGGCGGCUCGGGGCCCGCGGAGGGCGGUGUCCCGGGCCAGCUGCUGGACGUGGGUGGCACGGGGACCCUGGCCCACAGCUACCGCUACGAGGUGUGUCUGGCGGGAGGCUCCGGGUUAGAUGAGUUUAAAUUCUUGAAGCCAAUUCUCCCCAGUGGUCUGGUUCAAGACAUUGGGCAGGACUAGUGCAAAUCUCCAAUUGCAAGAAUAGCUUAGGUUUCAUUAACAGAAAGCAUGAAAAAGUCAUUGUUUGGCUACAAAUGUUUUCUUUUCAAUGAAGGCUCUUGAGUUGAUGCAGUAUUUUGUUUAUAUAUUGACUUUACUAAUUAAUCGUUGCAUGUUCUUUUUUCAUCUGCUUCCUAUCUUUUCAAACCAGGCUUAUUGCCUCUUUUUAAAUAGGUGAGCAAAAAUAAAUGCUUUAUCUUUUAACGAUGAUUUCAGAUAGGUUUAUUUAAGAUGUUUGUUUCAAAUUCUAUAUCCAAAGCAAUGCAGAGAGAAUUCUGAACCCCCAGUCUUAGACUCUACCCUGUUGAAGGGAGUCAGAUAAUGUUCUUUAUAUAUUAUAAUACUCUAAAGCAGCUUCGUUGUGGUUAAUGAAGUAGGUAGAUAAAAAUGUUUUAGGAUGUACCAUUUUACGUUUUACCAUCUUUUAGGGUUUUAGUACUCAAAUAAAACUGAUGCAUGUAAUUCACUGUUUUGACAUUUGCAGUUAAUAUUUCAAUAUUGUCAUGCUUAUAUGGGCCCAAAAUGGACAAAAAUUUAGGUUAAUAGGGCAAAUUCCUUUUAGAUUUGCCUAAAGUGCAUUUAUAGUGGAUGACUGAGGAAAAAUUUAAACGUAAGGCCUUCUGUACAACUGAUCAGUGUAUUUCCAUUUGAUAUGGAGCUCCCUUU